UCGGGGUGCAGUUCGUAUUCUCCCAGACUCCGGAGCCCUGAGCCAGCCAUGCGCCCCUCCAGCACCUUCUUCUGCUUGCUGUGCAUCUCUGGGGCCCUGGGUCUCACCAUUACCCCUGGCCAAAGCCGGCUCCGCUGUUACACCUGCAGCUUUGCCAAGCCCUGCUACCCUGUUGCUGUGCAGUGUUCGGAGGGGGAAGCUUGUGGCACCAGCACUGGCACCUCAGACCAGAAUGAGAUCAUCCAGCGCAAGGGCUGCCUCCCAAAGGCCCAGUGCCUUCUGCUGGGCCAGACCACCUACUGGUCACACUCCUACACUAUGCGGCACGAGUGCUGUGAGCAGGACCUGUGCAACACGGCCACCAAGCCACAGGGGCUCCCCUGCCUUCUCCUCAUCACCUUUCUCCUGCUAGCAGCCAACAUUGCCUGGGGUGGCCCCUUCCUCCGCUAGCCCUUAGUGGAACUACAACCCUUAAUCAGGACUCCUUGAGCAUCCCCCAGGGCCCUGGAAAUACCUGCACAGACACUGCCGAGACCUGUGCAAGAACCUGACUUUGCAUGAACCCUUUCCAACACCUGAUUCCUAAAUUCCAGUUCCCCCAGGAACCUGCUCAGAACCCAGGCUCAUAAAGAACACUUGUUCUAUAUA